UUUUGUUCCUUGGUUUUGUUGUUUUCGUGGUGGUUGUUUGCAAAUUCCUCUUUGAAUUUAAUUUAGCUGGCCUGGCUGUUGUGCGAAAAAUCAACGUACGUACGAGUCGAGAAGAGGACGUUGCGAAACGAAACUAGCGUACAUAGAUAUAUGUUUAUGACAUUUAGACCGUCGCCUAUGCAAUAAUCUGAGGCAAAUUUCAAUGUUCCUGACGUCCCUGAAAUUCAGACACGGGACAGAAGCGGUUUCCAAUCGCUGACAUUUACAUUAUACGUUGCGGAUAAACCCAAUCAGGAUGUUUCCUGCAUACUCUUGAAUAAUUCUCGUCACCGUAAAAGAGAGACAUGCCUGAAGUCUACUUAAAGGCGUUGAAGUACUCAUGCAUGAAGGACUUGAACGAUGAGCUUGAAAAAAUGCGUGACAUCGUUUCGAAAACUCCAACAAAGUUUUUGUUGGUCACUGCUCAGAAGAUGCCUGGUAUGGCUGAGAAGAGUGCAAAGGAAGGUGACGAGGAGCAGGCCUACAUUCUCUACAUGCGAUUUACCCACCUUUACGUGAACAUAAAUCGAUUGACCAAUGUAAAGACAGAGGACUUUAAGAAAGUUUUCAACAAAAGCAUUUUGGAAAUGUGCAUAAAACGGGCGGAAGAGCUCAAUAAAAGUCUUGAACGACGUUACAAAACCUUGGAAGAGGAAAAGCGUCUGCAGAAUGCAGCGUUCGAAGCUGUCAAGACGUCACCAGAAGUAGCAGUGCCUCCGAGCAACAAUUUUUCAGGAGUCACGACUAAGAAACCAGUGGAGUACACUCACGAGGUCACUUGCAUAGAGCUGAACGACCUUAUCAAUAGAUUUAGAGGCACGGACAGUCUUUUGAUAAUGGAUGUGCGACCUUUGGAAGACUUCAAAAAGUCGCACAUUGACGUGCCAUGCAUAAUUAGUGUCCCAGAGGAAAUAAUCCAACCUGGAAUUACGUGCGGUAAAUUGGAAAAAACAUUACCUUUGGAAUCACAAAACCUGUGGAAAACUCGUAUUAAUGGCAAGUAUGUGAUUCUGGUCGACUGGAAUAGCUCAUUGAAAACAAUGCGUCCGAUGUCUCAUAUCAGUCAUCUCAAAACUAUUUUGUUGAAGUGGGACAUUGGAGUAAAAUACGAAAGAGAUCCUCUGAUUCUCCAGAAAGGCUAUUCCGAGUGGUUGGAUAUCUACCCUUCUAUUACAACCAAUCCCAGAGUUGAGGCUAGACACUCUCCCGAUGAUCUAUUUGAUUUAAUAAGUCUUGAUGACAUUGAUUACCCGGACUUUCAAACUCCACUAUUACCAACCCAGGCACCUCAGAAACCACAAGUCUACAGGACUUUGAAGCCUUUACCUUCUUCACCUUUUCCUGUUGUCGCCAAUGCAUUCGUUGAACCCAAAAUCCAAGAAACAGUACCUGAAGCGCUUCCAAAUAAUGCAAUUCGUCUGCCCAGUGUUGAUAGAGCACUGAAAGAGAAUAUGCUAGAAAAGAUGAAAAUGCAACAAGAUGCUAUUUUAAAAGAGGCUCUCGAUAAGCAGAAUAAACUGUUGGAGGCAGAGAAGAAUUGGGAAGAAUUUCGGAAGUCCAAGGAGAACGAAGCAAAUGAGGAAUUGCAGGAACUGAAAGAGAGGCAAUAUAUAGAUACCAUUGAGCAACUAGUAGCGCAAUGCAAAAAGCUGGAUAUUGAAAAUACUGAACUGAAAAUACAAAUGAAGAAUGAUUUACCUGAGCAGUCUGCGGAUCUUUUGGAUAAAAAGGACGAGGAGCUCGAGAAGAUGAAAGCCAUAACCAGUCAAAUGGCCAAGAAAAGAGCCACCCAGUUCCAAAAGAUCACUUCAAUACCGCCUCCUCCUAAACCACUGCAAAACUCAAAGACAGUGGAUAAAAUUGAGAAAGGCACCAAACCAACGCCUAAGUUUGUGCCAUUAAAUAGGGAACCUUCCGAGUCGUCGAAUUUGUCCCGGUCUCAUUCGUCACCAAAUAUUAAAGAUAUGGAUGAUGACGCUCCUCAGUUUGAUCGCAGAAUUAAACCAGGUGUUCCGAGAGAAACAUUCAUGUAUCGAGCGCCAACCCGUGAUUUGAGUCCCGUGUAUGGAACUAAGGGCCCUGGCCUCACUGGACUCAAGAAUUUGGGCAACUCUUGCUACAUGAAUUCCAUCGUCCAGUGUAUUUCCAACACGCAUGAGCUCAUGAAGUACUUUUGUGAAGGUUCCUACAGAAAUGAAGUUAACACGACAACUAGAACUAGGGGCCAAAUAGUCGAAGAGCUGGCGGUUGUGAUCAGGGCUUUAUGGGCUGGAGAAUACCGGACUGUUGCCUGUAGAGACUUUAAGAGAGUCGCUGGUGCCUAUCACGGUGACUUUGGUGGAGUGCGCCAACAGGACUCCCACGAAUUCCUAACACUGCUCAUGGACUGGCUCCACGAUGAUUUAAAUAAGAAACACGACAUGAAGAAGAGGAUUCUUACUCCUCCCGACUCUGAUGAGCCACCAAAACAAAUCCAAAACAUAAAAGAGUCGUCCGACAAUGCCUGGAGAGAGUUUGAAAAGUGCAACGAUUCCAGAAUUCUGCACUUGUUUUACGGCCAGCAGAGUUCAACUGUCAGAUGCAACUCUUGCUCUUUUGAAUCCGUCACCUUUGAACCUUUCAGCACCCUUACUCUUGUUCUGCCGCAAAACUCUGACAAGUGCUCCUUAAACGAAUGUUUGAGCAUGUACUUGGCACCGGAGCCAAUUCAGGAAUGGCGGUGCCCAAAAUGCAAGCAAACCCGUCGCGCCACCAAAAAAUUUGACAUUUGGCGACUUCCGCCUAUUCUAGUCAUUCAUUUUAAAAGAUUUUGUGAGGAUAUUGCAUGGAGGAAGCAGCACACUCUUGUUGAGUUCCCGUUGCAGAGACUCAUGAUGACACAAUUCACAGUGAAUUCUCAUCCAAAGCACCACACUUACGAUUUAUACGCCGUUUCAAAUCAUUACGGCACCAUGGAUGGUGGACACUACACAACCUACAGUCGUAGUGCUGUAUUCAACAAGUGGUACAAGUUUGACGAUGCCGAUGUAUCGGAGAUUUCAGAACCAAGUGUCCGCUCGAACGCAGCCUACAUUCUGUUCUACGCCUCCCAAAAUAUGCGAAGUCCGGCCUUCAUCAUGCAGAAGGAUCGGUAAUCAAUUGCAAUGUAACUUUGAUUAUAAAUCACCAGGACAGAGCAGGACUGUGCCCUAAGGGACAGGUGCAAAAUUGUGAUAUUCUGUGACUUUACGAACGGAAAUGAAGUUUCAGACUCUUAAGAUGAUUAUCAUAAUUAUGUUUAUCACAUAGCAUAUUCUUAUCCAUUGUAAUGACUUGUUGAAAAUUACAUUUUAUCACCAAUCAUGUUGACAAAUAAUUUCGAAUAUUUGAACAGUUGAUCACUUUUCAGCCUGUUUUUCAUGAUUCCCCAUUUCAUUAAAUUGCUGUAUGUCUUGCUUUUGAUCUUCGUCUCUCCAAGCCAAAAUUAUAUGGAUGAAAUAUAAUUAUGAAUUGCUUGACAAUA